AUGGACACAGGAAGCAAAGCCAGGCAGUCUUCCAUCUUUCCAGGCAUGGUGCAAUUCCACCGGACGUCUCACGGAAAAUCUUCGGGUAGCUACUUUGCUCCUUUGCAGCUCGUAGAGAAGGCACACAGCUUCAAACAAUGCCGAAGCGAUUCUUGUUCACGUAGUCAGAGUUUUCGGGGCCAGGUAUACCGACCUACGGUCUCUCGUGACAACGCUUCCGUCGUUGGACGCGUUGUGGGUGACGCCGAACAAGUCGAGCUAUCGCAGAUGUCCUGUUCUCAAAGCUCCGUCAUGGAACACCACGACUCAAUGAGCAUGAAAUCAAGCCACAUGAUGUUGCAACACUCACAGAAGUACCCUCCGCUCCACCAGAACUCGUCGCUAUCCAACGCUUCUUCACAUUCCAGUGGUGGCUACAGCAGAAACCACCAAACUCGAUUGCCGCCCCUUCGGUCCAACUUUUACCAGCAAUCCGAAGACUGCGACGUGCCGUCUCAUUGCAACAUCUCUACCCAUAACACUGCAGGUACAUCGCUUGCUUCCAUGCCAGCACCUGCUCGCUCAGUCCAGUCGAAGCGGAGAUCAGUUUCCAUGUUCCUGCAGCGGAUGAACCCUCGCCGCAUUGGCAGCCCUACUCCCUCUUUGUUCCGAAAGUCGGGAGAACAUUCGCCAACCAAGGGUAGCUCAACUCGUCCGUCACACCUUCUUCCACACUCUACUCUUCCACACAACUCUGCUUUGAGUGUCACCCAGUCUGGCGACAAAACAAGCUCCUCCUCGAAUUCGUCCUUUUCGGAAAACUUGGAAUUGGAGGCACGAAUCAAUGAAAGACACCAUCUACCACGUCUCCAGUCGGAGCUCAAAGCUUUCGUUGAUAAGAGCAUGGAAUCUAUUGAAGAGAAAUCCACCGAGCUCGAUCGAAAGCAGAGCCAGAUGGAAGAAGAAUCCCGGAACCAUAAAAAAGAACAAGAUACUCUGUUCGAAGGACGACUCCAUGAGCUCAAUGAUGCAUUCGAUUCAAAAGCAAAUAAUCUCAAUCGCCUUUUUCACGAGCAAAAGUCGAACUUGAAAAGCGAAGGCGCUUGCUGGACCCAAGGUAUUCGGGAUGCAGGAGAUUGCCAAAUGCAGCGCUUGUCCCAGUAUUCUCAAGUGACCUUGAAGAAAGUCCAUGAUGUCGCGAAGACUGCCGAAUCUUUUUUGAGUGGCUACAAGCAAUUUCACACUGAAGCAGUCCAAGCCCUACCAAACAUGAUUCGACCAAUGCUCUCCAAGAUGAUAAGCUCCAUGCUUCCGUCCGCAUUGGCCGAAGCCACAGUUGCCGAGGCACCUCUAUCUGGUUGUUGCAAGGAGAGUUCUGACAGUAGCAACACCAGUUGCAUUGGGAACAAGUCGCUAGCACUGCCUACUAGACCAGAUACUCGAAGCUGCGAACGAAUUACUACCAAGAAACGCCGAGGUGCUUCUCCCGGAUGUGAUCUUGGGCAAUUGCAAACUGCAUACGCAGCAGGACCCAGCAAACGCGUUCGUCGGUCCAAGCGCAUCAAACAUAGUUCCGACAAAGAAAACCUCACUCCAACUUCAAAGACAGGUCAAACGCGUCCUUGUGUAACUCCAGGAGAAAGUCCCAAGGAAGAAGACCAUGUCUCUCCCACCACCUCGAGCACUCCUAGCCCUUCUCCAAAGAGAACAAUGGUGAUGGGAAAAGCAUCCAAACAAGCACCAGUCCGUAGCACAAAGAAACGAAAGAUCUCACAUGGGAAAUCAUCUGUGACUCCAUUGGAAUCCAAGAGAGUCCCGUUCGUGAUUGAGCUUACAAACCUGCAUCAGUCUUCCUCUCCUCUUACUCAAGCGUCGGCCCAUCAUCAAACCCAACGAAACAUGUCGCCUCCUAGAGGAUCGACGUUGAAACGUGACAAGCGAAGAAAGUCGUAUGGCAAAGCCAGACCAUCAAGAAAACCAUCACUUUCAAAUGAUAUGUCCGAUGAUACAUUCUCAUUUGUCUACUAG